GGCUCCCCUGGCUCCAGGGGGCUUCUGUGGCUGUCACUAACCUCGGAGGGCCGGGGCUGCCGCUGUACCCGGGAGAGGUUAGCUCUGCUUGUAGCUCUUGCACCCGAUGUCCCCGUCUCGCGAAUUCCGAAUAUUUCCCAGGAGCCCAGAAACCAAGCAAGCUUUGCAAAAAAUAACCGUCCCAGCCCUCCAAGUAUUCUUUCAUGGCGCUGGGGUUCUGUCUCGAUUUAGGACUUGCCCUUAUUUUUUUUUUUAAUCCCUGCUUACCCUCUCUCCAGAUAGCAGCGCUGGGCAAUGUGAGCCAGAGUGCCUGAAAUAUUUCUGGUGGGAUUUUUUUAGUUUGUUUUGUUUGUUACAUUACAAUCAUCGGUUUAUGUAGCACUGGCAACAUCACUCCAGGCUAUUUCGCAAGAAAUAUUUCUGGCGGUGCACACCGUCUUUGGCUGCUCCGCGAUCUCGCAAGUAUGUCCUAUCCUGAAGAGACAGGGCAGCUUUAGGGACUGCAUUUCCCAAACUGCAAUACAGCUUAAUUGUGCCAUCUCGUCUAGCGGACCUGAAUGGUUUGUUUCCAUAAAUUUCUAACAGACCAUCGGUAAGGGAGACAGGAGGGAUGAAAACCAUACUCCCGGCCAUGUAGACAAGCCUUUGACUUUUGGCUAGCUCGAAUCCUUUUGUUAGUACCAAAGUUGCGAGACUGGGCUACAGCUGGGUUUAGAGUAGGGAAGGUCCUGCCACCCUGGCAGGAGCACCCGCGACUCCAUUCCACGUUAAUUUAUAGGGAAAUGUCUGUGUUGUUACAGUGCUCUGUUCUCCUAAACGUUAGAGAGAAACUGAAAGUAAUCGGACUCGGGUCUUGGAUCGCUCUUGCUUCAAGCAAGAACUAAAAUGUUUCUUCCCUCAGUGCAGUGAGUUGUUCAAAUGCGGGAGGGAGGGCGGGCGAAGGUAAGAGGCGCCGACCCGCUGGUCCUUGGCUGCACCCUGGAGCCCCGAGCCUGGCGCGGUGGGACCGCCUUGCCCAGGCGCUGCUGGGGGAAACGGCAGCCUCGAAGCCGCUCGGGUUUCUGCGGUGGAGCAGCCUUCGAUGUUCAGAACCUCAGCAGGCUCUGCCAGUUACUCCCUGCUACCUCUGCCUUGCCCCAGAUCACGGCUGGGAAAAGAUCUGGUGCCUCCCACAGCCGCCUCUUGGUCGUGCCGCCUUGGAGCCGGCAGCUCCUGCCUGCCGGUUGCUCGGAUGCGGGCUGCGAUCGCUAAACCCGCGGAGACAAAUGCUUCCUGAGAGGCUGGAGCGGUCAGUGGCAGCGGCGGCGGGGCUGGAGCUCCUGCCCGCCCGUGCCCGAAGCGCUUGCCCCGGGUACACUGCCGCCGCACUCCUGCCUUGGCCGGCGGGACAGGACGCACGCAGUGCAGCAGGCAUGGCACGGCAAGGCAUAGCAGGGGCUGGCCAAGGAUAGGUACAGACCUCCCAAAAGCAGCCUGCGGGAGCUGCCGUGCUGUGCCUGGAAACAUAGCAAGUGCCAAACGUUUGGCCAUAGGCACAGCCCUGACUAACUAAAAGGAUGCCUUCUGAGUCCUGAAAAGAUUGAUCUCUGGGCUGGUGAACAUAGUACCUGUCCCAGUCAGAAAAGGAAAGAGGAAAUUAGCAGAGCGAUUGGUGGAGAAUGAUAUCUGUCAAAAGAAACACUUGGAGAGCACUGAGUUUAGUGAUAGGUGACUGCCGGAAAAAAGGGAACUUUGAAUUUUGUCAAGAUCGCACUGAGAAGCAUUCCACAAUGCCAGACUCACCUGUGGAUGUGAAGACACAAUCCAGGCUGACGCCUCCAGCCAUGCCACCUCCUCCCACAACCCAAGGAGCUCCAAGAACCAGUUCAUUCACGCCCACAACGUUAACCAAUGGCACUAGCCAUUCACCAACAGCGUUAAAUGGAGCUCCAUCUCCUCCUAAUGGCUUUAGCAAUGGGCCAUCCUCUUCUUCUUCCUCUUCUCUGGCUAACCAGCAGUUACCGCCAGCUUGUGGAGCUAGGCAACUCAGCAAACUGAAGAGAUUUCUUACAACCUUACAGCAGUUUGGCAAUGACAUUUCACCAGAGAUUGGGGAGAGAGUGCGUACCCUUGUGCUAGGACUUGUGAAUUCUACUUUGACAAUUGAAGAAUUUCAUUCCAAACUGCAAGAAGCUACUAACUUCCCACUGCGACCUUUUGUCAUCCCAUUUUUAAAGGCCAAUCUGCCCCUGCUGCAGCGGGAGCUGCUGCACUGUGCAAGGCUAGCCAAGCAGAACCCAGCCCAGUACCUCGCCCAGCACGAACAGCUGCUUCUGGAUGCCAGCACCACCUCACCUGUUGACUCCUCAGAGCUGCUUCUCGAUGUGAACGAAAACGGGAAGAGGCGAACUCCAGACAGAACCAAAGAAAAUGGCUUUGACAGAGAGCCUUUGCACUCAGAGCAUCCAAGCAAGCGGCCCUGCACUAUUAGCCCAGGCCAGCGGUACAGUCCAAAUAAUGG